UUCAGUUUUUUGUUCGCCGCGAGCGCGAGAUUGAACCAUGUGGAUGUCGUUAGCAACGAGAGGCCGGGGGGCAGCAACGGCGGCGGUCACAGCCGGCGGAGCCACCUGGCGUGGGCUGCCGGCCGGCCUCCGGGGCUAUGCUCAACGGUUACCGGCCAUCGGCAUCAAGGAUGAACUGGCACCGGGAUCCGGUACCAGGGUGAAGAGGAGCGUUAGGCAAAUAAUCCUGAAUUGUAAAACAGAAUUGGCAGAUUUACAGAAAAAUGAGCCGCGCUUUCACCCAGGACUGGCCAUUGUUCAGAUUACCGAUAAUGAUAUAUUGGAGGUCAAAAAGAUGGCAGCAGAGGUUGGCCUACAUGUUGUUCAUAUAUGUUUACCAGAAGAAACUGCGACAGGGGAGCUUUUAGAUGAGAUCAUGAAGCUAAAUGACGAUCCUAAAAUCAGGGGCUUGGUUCUGCCCCAUAACCUUGUCAUGAGUGAUGCAGCAAUAAAUGCAGUGCUUCCUGAGAAAGAUAUUGAUGGAAUCACAGAUAUUAAUUUAGGAAGACUAGUCCGUGGAAAUUUUAAUGAAUGCUUUGUACCACCGGCAGCAAGUGCAAUAAUAGAAUUACUGGAACAAGCAGAUUUGUGCGCUUUUGGAAAGAAGGUCUUAAUUGUAGGUGAGAAUGGUUCACGAGAAGCAGCCCUGCAGAAACUUUUACAGAUGAAAGGGAUGGUAGUUGUGAACUGCCAAUGGCAGAACACAAACAUCACGGAACUGUGCCAUCAAAGUGAUGUGUUGGUGGUGACCAGUCCCGCACCAGAAGGACUUGGAGAAGACUGGUUAAAAGCUGACACAGCCAUAAUCGCCUACAAUUUACCAGCUGCAGGUUUUACUUCAAGUUCCAAUCACCAGGAUUUUCAGCAAGAUGAACCUGGGUCAUCACAUGAUGGAAUUGGUCUCCUGACAGCAGCAAUGCAGAUUAAGAAUACAGUUGAAAGCAGCAACAGAUGGCUAAAACAGCAACAGCACAAAAAGUGGAAUCUUCGCCCCCUCAAAUUGCAGCCUAUCUCACCUGUCCCCAGUGACAUUGAGAUAUCCAGAGCGCAGACUCCAAAACCAAUUGAUGUCCUAGCCAAAGAGAUUGGCCUGCUCAGGUCAGAAAUAGAAGCCUAUGGUUGGAAUAAAGCAAAAGUCAAAUUAUCUCCCUUGGACCGACUGAAGGAACAGCCAGAUGGAAAAUACGUAUUAGUUGCCGGAAUUACACCAACUCCUCUAGGAGAGGGGAAGAGUACAGUGACAAUGGGAUUGGUUCAAGCAUUAGCAGCCCAUCUGGGUAUUAAUGCCUUUGCUUGUGUGCGGCAACCAUCUCAGGGACCAACAUUUGGUGUUAAAGGUGGAGCUGCAGGUGGAGGAUAUGCACAGGUCAUCCCUAUGGAAGAGUUUAACCUUCAUCUAACCGGGGACAUUCAUGCAAUUACAGCUGCUAAUAACUUGUUGGCAGCAGCUAUAGAUGCAAGAAUUUUGCAUGAAGGCAGUCAGUCAAACCAGGCUUUGUAUAAUCGUUUGGUUCCCACUAUAAAUGGAAAGAGAAACUUUUCUUCCAUCCAGCUUGCUCGGUUAACACGACUGGGGAUCCAGAAAAAGGACCCUUGCCAGUUGGCACCAGAAGAAAUCUCAAAAUUUGUUCGUUUGGACAUUGAUCCAUCUACAAUUACCUGGCAACGAGUGCUUGAUACAAAUGAUCGUUUCUUGAGGAAAAUAACAAUUGGGCAGUCAAAUACAGAGAAAGGAUUUGCUCGCGAGGCUCAGUUUGAUAUUGCUGUUGCCAGUGAAAUCAUGGCAAUCCUUGCCCUGACCAAUGGCCUGGCUGAUAUGAAAACUCGGCUUGGUAAAAUUGUGGUAGCCAAUGACCGGAAAGGACAACCAGUUACUGCAGAAGAUCUGGGGGUUAGUGGUGCACUAGCCGUUCUGAUGAAAGAUGCUCUCAAACCAACCUUGAUGCAAACUCUGGAGGGGACCCCUGUGUUUGUGCACGCUGGACCUUUUGCAAAUAUUGCACAUGGUAGUUCUUCAAUUCUAGCUGACAAGUUGGCACUGAAGCUUGUUGGCAAGGAAGGGUUUGUGGUGACUGAAGCAGGCUUUGGUGCUGAUAUUGGGAUGGAGAAGUUCUUCAACAUCAAGUGCAGAACAUCAGGCCUUAAGCCUAAUGUGGUAGUGCUUGUGGCAACAAUCCGUGCCUUGAAAAUGCAUGGUGGAGGCCCCAAUGUCACUGCAGGCAAACCUCUAUCAAAAGAGUACACUGAGGAGAACCUGAAACUGGUGACUGAUGGGUGCUGUAAUUUGCAAAAGCAGAUAGAGAUUGCACAGCUGUUUGGGAUUCCGGUUGUAGUUGCUGUGAAUGUAUUCAAGACUGAUACUGAAGCAGAGAUUAAUCUUGCCUGUCAAAUUGCAAAAUGCUCUGGAGCUUAUGAUGCUGUGCCAUGCAAUCACUGGUCCAUUGGAGGCAGAGGGUCAUUACAGCUGGCUGAGGCUGUCAGGCAGGCUGCAGACCAGAAGAGUAGCUUCAAUUACCUUUAUGACCUAAAGAUGCCUAUUGUAGAAAAGAUUCGCACAAUAGCACAAAAGAUUUAUGGGGCCGAGGAUAUAGAGCUGUCACCUCAAGCCCAAUCCAAAGUGGACCUGUACAUCAGUCAGGGUUUUGGAGAGCUGCCAAUUUGCAUGGCAAAAACCCAUCUGUCACUAUCACAUCAACCUGAGCGCAAGGGAGUUCCCACUGGAUUUGUUUUACCAAUCCGGGAUGUGCGUGCCAGUAUUGGAGCGGGCUUUAUUUAUCCGUUGGUGGGCACGAUGAGCACCAUGCCAGGAUUGCCCACUCGGUCCUGUUUUUAUGACAUUGACAUUGAUUCAGACACGGAGCAAAUCAGUGGAUUGUUCUAAAGAUUGCCCAGAAAUAUCUUGUCCUAUUUCCUGAAUUGAACAAACAUAAUCUCUGAUUGCCUAUUAAAGGAUCUAUGGGAAAGUAAUGGACUCAAGGUUCCCUCAACCUCUCCUGAGAGAUUCUGAGGGGUGUAACCAGUUCAUGUGAUUCUUUAUUUCCUCAAUCAAUCCACUUUGUGUGCUUAGAUAGAUUAAAUCCAGAUUUUGAAACCCACCCAAUUUUAUACACAAUUUUUUCAGCAAUUGUUAGAAGUAUUUAAUUUUUUAAACAAUUAAUAUUAAAUGACUUGUUUCCAUGUUGCAUCUAUAUUUCAGUAAUCUUUGUUAAGAUUUAUGAAACUGAAAUGCCUUUGCAAUAUCUUGUUACAUCAACCAAAUGUACCUUGAAGGGUAGCAAGUGUUGUGCAGCUAUCUUGUAUACCAGAGUCCAUGAAAUACAUGACCAAGGAAUCUCAGCAAACUAAAAAUGACAUAUGGUACCAACACCUACGCAAAGCUAAGUAUUUGUUAGUUAUGAAGACCUAUGAUUUUGAGGUAUUUUCAACCAUUUUUCUUUACAAACCCCACAGUUAUUUCUUGGCUUAUAUAUAUUUCUCACUAUAAAUACAAUCAAAAUACAUUCCAUGCAAAGCCAUGCUAGUGUUUACAAGGUUUUCUUUCAAAUUGAUCAGCUCUGCAUCACAUGAGUAUUAUUAGGUAAUUUUCUAUUUGAUUCAUCAACAUUUUUAGGAAAAAAUUAAGGAAAAUUUCAAAUGAAGUUAUAACUUAUUGUAGUUGAUUAAAAGGAAUUAUACUGAGGUAAGAAUUAUACUAAUGUUGGUCUAACCUCUUUGAUGCGUGAAGCUACCUGAUCCCUGACUGAAGUGUCUGUUUGAAUUUGUGUUUUUAUUUUUUCAUGCUUUUCUGAAUCCCUCAUUGACUGCUUUCUGGAACAGGGACUGCAGUUUUAACAUCUAUUCCUCUUCUAACAGUGUCCUCUCUGAGCACUUUCAAGUGCUGGAGUGCAGUGAUGAUGAAGGGAUCCUGGGAACAAUGGUGAAUUCUGUACACUUUUUAUUCUUGUGGUGGGGUCAGUUCAUGCGUGUGUGUCUUUAAUAAGUGAUUAAUGAUUCAUUUGUUAAUGUUUCCGCUUUGUUCUCUGGCUGUAUUCCAAUGAUCACUAAUUUAUCUGUGUUUUGUUCUAUUUUGUUUUUAAUGAGUAUUGAAACACUUUGCAAUCCAUGUUUACA